GUUGUGAGUUUACCUAGGAGGCUGGUUGUUGUUGGAAACAUGGCGUCCCGGUGCAGCCUCUCUACUCUAUUUCCUAUCCAAAGUCAGCUGGAUUUCGCCCUAGAUGACGCUACGACCCAAGAAGAGAAAGAAAAACUUGUUUACGAGUAUUUGAAAAAACUAGACGAGAGAGAGGAUCUGAAGAUACCCGACUUCCAGCCAGGCUUGGAAUGGCUCAACACGGAGGGGCCUCUGUCUUUGAACAAGGAGCUGGCUGGUAAAGUGGUGCUUCUGGACUUCUUUACUUACUGCUGCAUCAACUGCAUGCACAUCCUGCCUGACCUGCACCAGCUAGAGAAGAAGCACUCUGCCAAAGAUGGAUUGGUUAUUGUUGGUGUGCACUCAGCUAAAUUCCCCAAUGAGAAGGUCCUGGACAACAUCCGAAGCGCUGUGCUCCGCUAUGACAUCUGCCACCCAGUGGUGAACGACAGUGAGGCACAUCUCUGGCAUGAACUGGAGGUGUCCUGCUGGCCCACACUGGUCUUACUGGGCCCACGUGGCAACCUGCUCUUCUCCCUAGUGGGCGAAGGCCAACACGACAGGAUGAUGCUUUUUACUGACAGUGCCCUUCGUCACUACAGUGAGCAGGGUCAGCUAAAAACGCACACAGUGGGUAUCAAGCUGUACCGAGACUCCCUGCCACCCAGCGUCCUGUCUUUUCCCGGGAAGGUGGCCAUAGACAACAGCAAGAAAAGACUGGCCAUAGCAGACAGCGGGCAUCACCGCAUUCUGGUGGUGGCCACCACUGGACAGCUGUUAUACAUCAUAGGAGGGCCUAAAAGCGGACGCCAAGAUGGCGACUUGUCCGAAGCAUCCUUCAACUCUCCUCAGGGCGUGGCAAUUAAAGGGGACACUGUGUAUGUGGCUGACACAGAAAACCACCUCAUCCGAAAGAUUGACCUGUCAGAGGGAAGAGUCAGCACUCUGGCCGGUGUCGGUGCUCAAGGCACAGACAAAGAGGGAGGCGCUAUGGGACCUCAGCAGCCCAUCAGCUCUCCUUGGGAUGUGACUCUUGGCACUGCCGGCGGUGCUGAAGAUAACGUGCUGUGGAUAGCCAUGGCAGGGAACCACCAGAUCUGGGCUUUGUUCCUAGCGGAUGGGAAACUGCCCAAAGGAAGUGAGUCCAAGGCGGGGACGUGUGUGCGAUGGGCAGGCAGCGGCAACGAGGAGAAUCGAAACAACGCUUACCCCCACAAGGCUGGCUUUGCUCAGCCUUCAGGUUUGGCUUCAGCCCCAGAGGAGCCCUGGGGCUGCCUGUACGUGGCCGACAGCGAAAGCAGCACUAUCCGCACGCUGGCACUGAAAGAUGGAGCCGUCAAGUUACUGGUCGGGGGAGAGAGAGACCCGCUGAAUCUUUUCGGUUUCGGGGAUGUAGACGGGAAAGGGGUUGACGCCAAGCUGCAGCAUCCUCUCGGUGUUGCCUGGGCUCCUGAACAAAGCCUGCUCUAUGUGGCUGACUCCUACAACCACAAGAUCAAGGUGGUGGAUCCAAAGGUAAAGCAGUGUUGCACACUAGCGGGGACCGGAGAGGCUGGAGAUACUCUGGGCCCUGAUUUUGACAAAUCCUGCUUCAAUGAACCUGGAGGAAUCUGUGUUGGUGACAAUGGCAAGCUUCUCUACGUGGCCGAUACCAACAACCACCAAGUCAAAGUGCUGGACCUGACCUCUAAGACCGUUUCACUGUUCCCCAUCCCGGCAGACUGCACAGAUUCGGUACCUUCAAAAUCUUUGGGUCCUGCCAAAGCCCCCACGCUGCCCAAAUCAGCUGCCAGGAAAGAAUUGCCACCAGUGGCGGUGUCAGCGGGCCAAACUCUCGUCAUGUCGCUCAUGCUGUCGCUUCCAGAGGGAACCAAACUCACCGAAGAGGCCCCCAGCUGCUGGGCUCUCUCAGCUGAGGGUAACGAGUGGCUGCUAGACAGUCAGGUGGUUACUGGUGACAUCGUGGAUCUAUCGAAGCCCCUCUCUAUCUCAACCAAACUUCCAGCAGCUAUAAAGGACUCGAACAGCAAUCCAAGCCUCACUGUGGGUGUAUGGGUGUACUACUGUAUGAUGGCAGGUAAAGCUUGUAUGAUGAAAGCAGCCACCUUCACCCAGCCUCUUCAAAUAAGUGCCAGUCAUGGAGAGGGAGAAAUCACUGUGGCGUUGGCUCAUGCCUUCUAAACCUCCUAACCCAUCUGAGUCACAACUAUCACAGAAGUAACUCUUUCAUUUCUGUGCUCGGCUCCUGUUUUGUUCAUAGAUCUGGAAAAACUCUGAUUAUCUCUUUUGACAAAAAUGCAAUUUAUACAAAUCUGAUUUUCAGGGGAAUUUAAUUUCAAACUACUCAGAAGCCCCCUUUACGAAACAUAAUGCAUCAGUGCUGUACUGUCAUUUAUUGAUAGAAAUGUUAACAGUUACAUCCCUAAGCAUGUUGUAAAGCUUGUGCCACAAAUACAACUACAGCUUUAAAAUCCAUAUCCAUAUUUAUUUAUGCAAAUUCCUACAAGGACUCCCAAAGUUACCUUUGUAUUUAUAAAACUGUGUCGCAGGACUAAAUUAUCAUAGAAAAAAACACGUUCUGUGGAUUCAAUGAGAAACGUAUUGUUAUGAUUAUCUAAUUGACAGGUGGGGAUGAUGGUGUCAGUGGUGGAGAGAGGAAUAAAUAUAUUUCUAUCUUUUAAUGAUGUUGUGGGGGAUCUAAAAUACUUUUGAAUAAUAAAGAUAAAGUAAAAGCAAGCUUCAUAUUUUCACCUGAACCACCAAAAAGAUGUGAAUUUCAAAGACUAGACUGUUUACAUUCAGAUGUUGUGAACAAAGUUGUUUUUUUUUCCUCCCACAACUUCCAUGAAGUAAUUAUUGCUGCUUUUGAAAAAGUAGCGGUAACCUUCGGUUUGUGUUUGAAACAAUUACUUACAAACAAUAACAAAGUAAUUACAUCUUAGGAAUUUAAAAAAAAGAAACAGAUGUUCAGUGGAGCCAUUAUGCGAUUCAGACUUGGAGAAAGAUCUAUUCUGACUUUGCUCGCACAAGCAUUUCUUUUGAAUCCAAAUAUUGAGUUAUGGCCCGUUUAUCAAAAAUAUAAUGAAGAGAUUUCAUUAUUUAUUCAUUAUUAAGAAACUAACAUUUUUAAAGCUUUUGUUUUAUAUACUAUGCAGGAAUUGACGGUUACUUUUUGUAAACACAUCAGUCAAACUUGGCCCCUCCUCCCUGCAAUGCUUGUACGUACUACUCUGCUAUUGUACGAACAUUACAUUUGUUGUAAUGGAAAGUCCAUUACUUUAACCCCAGAUUCCCUCUAGUAUUGGAACAAGUUUUGUCCGCUUAGCGAUUCACUUUACUAUAUUUUUGUUGUUGUUUUUUUUUUUUUUUGUUCUUGUUUUUUUGUUGUUGUUGAUUUUUCAGCUCUGUCUGUAAUUUUCUUACAGUCUGGCACGUGUCGGACAAGAAACUGAGUAUGUUUUCUUUGUGGACAAAAUAAGGCAUUUGAGGGCAUCAUCUGAGGCUUUGGGAAACAUUUAUCAACAUUUCUUUUACAAUUUUAACAACACAUUAAUCAACAAUACAAAUAAUUGUUGGUGUAGUAUUAUGCAAAAUAACAAGAAAAUUAGAAGUCAAAGCAAAGUCUCUGCCAAUAAAACUGCAAAUUUUCUCCCCUCAAGCAUGCUAACUAGCCAAAUGUCUAAAAAAUGCAGCACAAGUUGGGCGAGAGAAAAAAUUGUUGUCAUUGGUCCUUGAAAAGUCAUGGAAAGUUGUGAAAUUUUGUCCAUGAAAAUGUGUGGAAACCCUGAUAAACACACUGCCAAAUAUCUAGAGGCUUAUAAGUGAUGAUUGAGAGGAUUUAGUUGUCUUACUUGUCGAUUUACUGAGUUGUUUUUUAGGACAUAUCCUGCAUAGUAUAUCUUUGAUUUGUUCCAAAGAAAGAAUUAAUAGAAGAAUAGAAAUUAAACUCAUGUCCUGAGAGGUCUUGAGAGGUUAAUGGGAAGUUAUCAAUGCAAAGAUUCACAUUUUUAUUAUUAAUAUAUUAGAAAGCGUAUUGAGUUUACUUUGUACUUUUUUUAAUAUGCAUCCAUGUAUACUGUAUUUUUGGUUGCUUUAGUUUACGGUCAGUCCACUUGGACGGUGUCUUCAGGCGCAGUAAUCGAGCUUACAUACAUUUUUGUCUACCUUCUGUGUUUCACCUGUCUUAAGUUGUUUACAAAGUUCACGCUCACAGCUCAAAGCUUUGUUCCGUGUCUCCGCUCCCUGUAUGACUGAUUAUACUUUUGAUUAUGCACGACACAAGGAGCCCUUUUGAUUCAGACAACAAAACGUUGCUGUUAUUUAAGUCAUGAAUAAAGUGCCUGUUUCUGAUGAUAGGAGGCAACUACUUAUGAACUGAUGACACGGAACGACUGCUGCGUGUGCGCUCAGAGGGAUUUUAAGAAAAGACUGAUUAAAAUCUCUCCAAAGUACAUUUAUAUGCCUCGUCUCUUCUCCACAAGGGGAACAUAAUGUAAAAGGGAUGCUCUAAUUAUGCUACCAUAAUAAUCUGUGUAUUUUGUUGUGUAACAUACAAUAAUAUGUUAAUGUGUUAUCAUCAUUUCCCUUUAUUGGUUCUCAAAGUUAUGAACUUUUGUCAGAAAUGGGGGUGAGUGUUUCAACUGUCAUCAUUGCGCUUAUCAGUUCUUAUUUGGUUUGGAUCACUCGGCCCAAGUGCCUUGCAAAAAAGGAGUGCCACUGUAUGGAGCAUGUGAAUGCGAUGACACUUAAACUGCAUCAAAAGCAAUACCAAUAUAUUUCUGUAAUGGGAGAAAUGUUUUAUUCCCACAAGUUAUUUAUUUCCAAUGAACUGCAAGAGUGUGUUUUCUCAGCUGUGUUAUCCCUCUGGCGUUUUUUAAUGAGCAGUAAUGAGCUCGCUGGUGGGCAUUAAGUUCCUUGAUAUUGUUUUCCAGCUCUCACUUGAUUUCUUUUUCUCUCUCAGUGCUGCACUUUAAGACGCAACAGAGUAAAGUAAUAAAGCAUUUUUAUCAAA